AUGGAGUGUGGCAGCACCGGUCACGUGACAGCGCUCCACCCAGGACCACCUGUCUGGAAAUCCAAGACGUCUCCUCCCUCUUCAGAGUACGGCGGGGAGGAAGACAAAGCGGACAUCCAGGAGGUCACAUCAUGGUGCACACAGGUGUGUGGUGAAGGAGUAAGCUCCAGAGCAUGCUCCAAGAUAUGCCUCGUAAGCGUGUAUCCAGCCGGACACAGAGGAGAGGCCAAGAAAAUGUAUGCAAUGCUGGAUGAGCAAAGCAACCGCUCCUUGGCAAGCUCCAAGUUCUUUGACAUUUUCAAAGUCUCAGGGUCCUCCUACCCGUACACAUUGAAAACAUGUGCUGGACAAAAAGAGACAACGGGCAGGAGAGCCUGUGGGUUCACCGUGGAGUCAGCAGAUGAGAAACUUAGUUUUCCUCUAUCCACACUUCUAGAGUGCAACCAAAUUCCUAAUAACCGCUCUGAGAUACCUAUCCCGACCGCAGCACGCCACCAUACUCACCUCAAGCACAUCGCCAACAUGAUACCACCCCUCGAUCCGGACGCCAACAUACUCCUCCUACUGGGCAGAGAUAUCCUCAGUGUCCACAAGGCCCGUGAACAGAAAAGUGGUCCAGGAAACGCUCCGUUCGCUCAAAGGCUGGACCUGGGAUGGGUUGUCGUCGGUGACGUGUGCAUUGCAGGAGCCCACAGACCAUCAGAGGUGAGCAGCUACAAGACAUCCAUUUUGGAUAAUGGUCAGGCCAGCCAUCUGCAGCCAUGCAACAGCCAAAUCAAGGUAAAAGAGAUCUCCAGUCAAGCACCUAAGCAUUCACAUCAUGCUGCACUGACCCCCUCGUACUGCUCAACGACACAUCAUGAUGACAGCUUAGGACAAACGAUCUUCACUCGAACUGCUGAUGAAGAUAAACUUGCACCAUCAGCGGAGGACACGAUGUUUCUCCAAACCAUGGAAACUGAGCUCCAUCAAGACAGCUCGAACAGCUGGGUGGAGCCAUUACCCUUAGGUCAAAGGUCAACAAGAAAGACACUGCCUUAUAAGAAAAAACACGAACACAACCGCCUUGUGUCACUGCGGCGCACACUCGAAAAACGGCCGCAGAUGAAGGCCCAUUUCAUCAAGUCCAUGGAAAACAUGCUCAGCAAAGGACACGCAGAAGUUGCUCCACCUCUGAAACAAGGACAAGAGUGCUGGUAUCUACACCCGUUUGGCGUAUAUCACCCUAAGAAGCCAGAUAAGAUCAGUGUGGGAUACAUCCACAAUAGGACCCAACGCAUCCUUUUCCUUAUUAUUAUGGAUACAGGACAUGCCACUGAAAGUUAUACCAGGAGGAUGGAAGCUACAGCUGCAGGUGAUAUAGUCAUCGCAGGACUCUUUCCCAUUCAUGAGGACGUAGAACACAAAAACAACUCUUUCACACUACAACCACCACAGCCAUGUAUCAGGUUUCAUGAAAGAGCCCUGAUUUUGGCUCUGGCUAUGAUCAAUGCUAUUGAGGUCAUGAAUAAGUCGCCUCUGCUCAAGGCUGUGAACCUCACUCUGGGUUACCUGAUCGUGGACUCUUGCGGUGAUCCCAGCACAGCUCUGAGAGUCACAGGAGACUUCAUGCAGCGGGACAACUGCUACAUAGAGAGCAACACCUCUGCCUGUGGACAGCCAGUCAUGGCUGUUAUAGGUGCCUCUUACUCUGAAAACUCCAUUGCCAUCGCCAGGCAACUGACACUCCAGAUGAUUCCUCAAAUCAGCUAUGAAUCAACUGCUGUCAUUCUGAGUGAUAAGGGCCGCUUUCCUUCGUUUUUGAGGACUGUUCCUAAUGAUGAACAUCAGACAGCUGCCAUGGUCAGACUUCUCCACACCUACGGCUGGAACUGGGUGGGAGUAGUUACCACAGAUGGAGAUUAUGGCCGAUCAGCUCUGGAAAGCUUUGUGUCCCAGGCCUCUGCAAAGGGGAUCUGUGUGGCUUUCAAAUCGAUUCUACCUCAGUCUGUGAACAGUCAUGAUGACUACUCUGAAAUUCGAGCCACUGCCACAACCAUCCUCAACAAUCCCAAGGUGCAGGUCAUUGUGUCAUUUGCCAGGUCAACUCACAUGAGGUAUCUUUUCCAAGAGCUGAAGCAUAAGACACUGAGAACAGGACAAAGCAUAGAGUCAAUGAGAAGAGUUUGGGUUGCCAGUGACACCUGGUCCUCCAGCAACUAUGUGAAAAUUAACGCGACUCUGAGGGACAUAGGACACGUUGUGGGCUUCACCUUCAAGAGUGGAGACAAGUCAUCAAUUGAGGACUACCUGAGCAGGCUGGAGGCAGCUGGCCAUGAAUUUACAAGGAAUAACCCCUUCAUGAAGGAGUUCUAUUUGCAGCUAAAUGCCAGUAAAGGUUUUGAAGACACUAAGCUUAUUUCAGAAGCUGUGAAAAAUCUCAGGAAACACACUCAUGCCGCCACUAUCCUUAGUGUUGAGAUGGCUGUCAGCGCCAUUACUCAGACUGUGGCUUCUGUCUGCAAGAGCAGAGACUGCAAAACACCAGGCACGAUGCAACCCUGGGAGCUGCUGAAACCUCUGUUAUUCCAAGAGUUUGAACUUAGAGGAAAAACCUAUAAGUUUGACAGAAGGGGUGACGUCAGCCUGGGCUACGACCUGAAAAUGUGGUGCUCAGAUGGAGGAAAUCAUCAUUUCACUGAGGUUGUGGCUGAAUACCACCAAUCCACCAACAACUUCACUUACACCAAUGUGAGCACCAAGCACCUCCAGGACUUUCAGUACAUCAUCUCCAAGUGCUCCAAUAGCUGCGUCCCUGGAGAGUUCAAAAAAACAGCUGAAGGUCAACACACUUGUUGUUAUGAGUGCAUCAACUGUACUGCAAACUACUACUCGAAUAAAACAGAUAUGGAUCAGUGUCUGAGCUGUAACAUAAGCAGAGAGUGGUCGGCAGAGGGCAGCUCCAGCUGCACCCCCAAAGUCGUGCUCUUCUUCUCCUGGCAGGACAGAUUUGCUGUGGCCCUCCUCACCUUUUCUGCCCUGGGCAUCCUCCUGGCUGUGAUGGUGUCAGCUCUGUUUUUACAUCAGCGCGACACUCCUGUAGUGAAGGCUGCCGGAGGGCCACUGAGCCAGGUCAUCCUAUUCUCUCUGGUUAUCAGUUACAUCAGCGCCGUGCUGUUUGUCGGUCGGCCCAACACUUUCCAGUGUAAGGCUCGACAGGUGCUCUUCGGUAUCAGCUUCACUCUGUGCGUCUCCUGCAUCCUGGUCAAGACCCUGCAGAUCCUGCUGGCCUUCCAGGUCAACCCUGCCAUGCACGUUAGGCUCUUCAAGCCUUACGUCAUGGCCAGCUUCUGUGUGGCCUUGCAGGUGAUUGCUUGUAUCUGCUGGCUAGUCCUCAAGAGCCCAUCUCUCCAGAUCGUCAUGCAACCAACCACUUUGCUGGAGAAGUGUGACGAGGGCUCAUAUUUGGCCUUCGGGGUGAUGUUGGGCUACAUAGCUUUCCUAGCGUUGGUGUGUUUCAUCUGUGCCUUCAAAGGCCGCAAACUUCCACAGUUCUUCAAUGAGACAAAGUUCAUCACCUUCAGUAUGCUGCUUUACCUGAUCUCCUGGAUGCUCUUUGUUCCUGUCUACGUUUCCACCUCAGGAGUUUACCUUUCGGCUGUGGAGAUGGUGGUCAUUCUCAUUUCCAACUACGGCAUCCUCAGCUGUCAUUUCUUACCAAAGUGCUACGUUAUCAUUUUCAAGAAGGAACAAAACACCACGACUGCUUUCAGGAACAAUGUGUAUCUAUAUACCAGCAAAACCUCUGAAUCUAUCUCCGUAUUUGGGAGUUCAGUGUCAAAGAAACAGUCUAUCGGUCAGGACUUCAUCUGUGCUCUGCCACCCUCUGUACCUGCAGCUGGGUACCUUGAAUAUGGAGUAGUGACAACGGGAACGAGCAGUACAAGUUUACACAGAGGUCCAGCAACACAACACUCCCUCAGAAGAAGCAGCAUAUAA